AGGCGCGUUCGCACGGCCUCGCCCAUUCUCUCCCAGCCCCCUCUCCCCUCUCAGCCACACGGUGGCACUCAGUCUCUUCAGUCUCCGUUUGCCAAGGGUUCGGAUCCUGGGUCCGCCCCAUGAGCCUGAAACGCCAGUCUUUGCCUGGGAAGGAGCAGUUAUUUUUGGACACUUGUCUGCUGCCUAUGGUAGCUGAUUGUCUCAUAUGGGUUUCUUUGCUCUUUUCAGAAAGGAAGCUCACUUCAUCACUAGAAUCCCCAAAUACUAUCCCGUGGAUUAUAACCAGUGGCAGCAGUCAAAGAAGAAGCCCAGGUUGAACCUUCCUCAGAUUAAAGUUGCCUCAGGAAAUUGGAUGUCAAGGAGGAAGGCCAGUCCUAGACCAGAGUUUACCAGGACAAAAUUCACAACAAAGGAGGCAGCUGUCUCUAAUGCAGUGAAGAACCAGCAGCAAAAGAUAAUUGGGAAUGAGAUGGAUCUGGAGAAAAUCCAAGCUGAUAUCCGAAUACUAAGAGCAAUGCUUAAGUUCAGGAGGGCCUCACUAGACGAACUUAAAAAGCAUGUUACGUCCCUCACUAUCAGCAACCAGCAGCUGGCAAAAAAGAUCCAGGACAUAGAAGCCGUCACUGCAGAGAAAGUGCGGAAGCUUCUACAGCAGCAGGACAUGUUUGGGACUGUCAUUGGCACUCUAGAGGACGCAAACCACAAGCAAAUGCAAGAAAUGAAGAGCAAGCUAGAGAAGUGGUCGGCACAGGCAAAGGUCAAAGUGAAUGACCUGGAGCAGCAGCUGACAAAAGUGAAAACGAACAUUCGUAAGGCCCAAGAUGAACUGAAUUUCCUGACCACCUACAUGGACCAGGAGUAUCCAGUUAAGUCUGUGCAGAUUGCCGACCUCAUGCGUCAGAUCCAGGAGAUGAAAAAUAGCAAUGAGGAUGAACUAGAGGAGUUGCAGGAGAUAUGCAAGGAUGUGCUUCAGACAUUGUCAAAGAAGCUGAUGGUGAAGACAGAGAAAAUCUUAUAUGUCAUGGCCAAGAGAACCAUCCUUCCCUAUCAGGCUGCUCUUAUGAGGAAGACUCUAAGUAACCAGCGACUCUUGAAGCAGAUAGUCCAAUUCAGAGUGCACAUUGACCGUAUGAAGAAGGAACUUCCCAGGCUAAAGGGCCAGGUACGGGACCUCCAGAUGCAGAGGAAGGACCCACGGGAGGUGGUCUUUGCCAGUGUCCUGCUUCGGAAACCCAAGUGUACUCCAGACAUGGAUGUCAUCCUCAAUAUCCCUGAGGAAGAAAUUCUUCCCUUUUAGCCCUGGCACAGGAUAGGACUCUACCCUGGCUGGUCAUGUCCGACAUCCCUUGUCUUUCUCCCAAUCAUCGUUGUUCUCCAUCCUGGGAGCUAUGUUCCCAGCUUCAUGUAGGACAUCUUAGUCCAUUUAGAGGAGUUUUCAGCAACUUCUUCACCCUCUGAUUUUUACCUCUUUUUCACUUGAUGCCACACUUUCCUUUUAACUAAUAAAAUUAGAUUUUCA